UGACAGUGGAGGGGAAGGAUGUGUGUCGCGUGGCUCUCGUGCCCCCGUGUUCCUGUGUCUGUGUAACCAGAUAAUAUAAGAAAAAACAGCCCUUCCAAAAAAUGAAAACCAGCCAGCGAGCAGGAAAAUCCAAAUCAUAAACAAUGAAAGCCGCACGAAAUCCAAGACGGACCAAGCGAUGUAAACAAACCCAGACCCAAAAACCACCCCAUCUCCACCCACGUACAGUCCUUUUCCCGCCAAAAUAUGACACCUACGGACACACGGACGCGCGGGAGGUAGGAAUGAGGUGCCAGGGGUAAUAUGAGGUGCCUGAAACCCCGAUCCAGGACACGAACGCGAGGAAAAGGCGGAAAAGAAGGAGUAAAAGAAUUAACCAUGGGGGUGUGCUUGAUGUGGAACCCUGGACUGAGGAUAAGAACAUGGCUGAUGGUGAUUAUGCUUCUUCAGGGGCCGCCUUACCUGGCUACGGCGUUGAUUGCAGGCCAGUGUGGGGACGCCCUGGGAAUGCAAUCUGGGGAAAUUCCCGACGACCACAUCUCUGCUUCUUCCUACUUCGACGCCGCCGUCAACGCCAUCUACGGGAGAGCUCACGUGGAGGUGGGUGGCGGGGCGUGGUGUCCGAGGGAGAUGGUGUACCGCGAGGGCAAGGAGUAUCUGGAGGUUAACUUGGGACCGCCUCAUCUACUCACCAAGGUGGAGGUUCAGGGACGCUUCGGGAACGGCCAGGGAAGGGAGUUCGCGCGCCAGUACAAGCUGCAAGUGUGGAGACCCGGCCUGGCGCACUGGGUUACCUACACCAGCCCCGACGGACGAGAGCUCCUUGAGGGUAACAGCAACACCUACUUAGCCCGGCCCUCGCAUCUAAGCCCGCCUGUCGUGGCCUCAAGGGUAAGGUUCGUGCCCCACAGCGACCAUCCGAGGACUGUCUGUAUGAGGGUGGAGCUAUACGGCUGCCGCUACACAGGUGGUCUCGUGUCCUAUUCAAUGCCCGACGGGGACUCAAGAGGCGCCGGUGACCUCAGCCUCCGUGACCUGACCUACGACGGGUCUAAAACGGGGGGCUGGCUGCGAGGGGGGCUGGGUCAACUCACGGACGGGGAAACAGGUCACACCAACUUCAAGGUCAACGCUCAAGGUCAAGGCAAAGGGUAUGAAUGGGUAGGGUGGAGGAACGACACAAGAGAAGGCCGGCCCGUCAACAUAACCUUCCACUUCGAGGGUCUAAGGAACUUCAGCGCCGUGCAUAUCUUCGCUAAUAACCUGUUCACCAAGGAGACCCAGGUGUUCUCCAAGGCAAGGAUCCUCUUCAGCGUGAACGAAGAGGAUGAACAAACAGAAGAAGAACAGGAUAACAACGAAAAGGUCAAAGAAAAGAAGAACAUUAACACCAGACGAAGGGAAACGAGUGAGAAGCGGAUAACAGGAGGAGGAGGAGGAGGAGGAGGAGGAGGAGGAAGAGGAAGGUUCACCGCUCACCCACCUGUCCAUUUCGAGUACGCGGUUGACCGGAUCUUCGAGAACGCCCGGAACGUGACCAUCCAGCUCCCGAACGUGACAGCAAGGACGGUGAGGCUGCAGCUGUUCUUCGCUCUUCGCUGGAUGUUGGUCUCCGAGGUCACGUUCGAGUCUGUGCCCUGCGCCUGCAACGUGACCCGCGAGACGCAGCAGAGCUUUGUCAGCGGCUCGGCGCCCCGCGGCGAGGCUGGCCACACCCGAGCCGCCCCGGUGGAGCCCAGCCUGCCCCCCGCCGCCCCGGGCCAGGCCCCCGUGGUGCCGGCGCGCGCCCCCGCCCCCGGCCUGCUGGUGGGGGGCCUGGCGGCGCUGGGCGUGGUGUUCGGCGUCCUGCCCGUGGCCGCCUGCCUCCUACACCACCGCGCCCGCCUCGCCCGCCGCUGCAAGGCGCCGCCCGCAGCCGACCCCCACAAGGACCUGCACCUCAGCGUCAACGGGACGGCGGCGGCGGGGGUAGGGGGCCUGUCCCGGGCACGGGGCGGCGAGCUGUACGGCCGCUUGGCGCUGCACGAGCCUGCAGCGGGGCCUUGCCAGGAGCCCUCCGCGCUGGGGCCGCCGCCGCCCGGCUCCCUGCAGGGCCCGCCCACCACGGACACGGACGACUCGCUGGACUACUACGCCGUGCCGGACCUCAGCCUGACGCCGCCGCCGCCCCCGCCGCUGCCCGAGGCAUGGCGGCCGCCGCUGCCCAUCACACGGCCGCCCUUUGCACGCCUCCGCCGCGACGCACAGCCCGGCCAACAUUACGCCGCCACACAGCUGUGCCACGCCUCCAGCAUCCAGGGCGUCACCGGCUGUGUCAUCUACGCCACCGCCGACGAGGCCGGCGUGGGCGGCGCAGCGGCGCUGCCCCCCGAGGCGGCGGUGCCCGAGGUGGCGCCCUGCCAGGUGCGGGCGCUGGAGCCGCUGGGCGAGGGCAAGUUCGGCACCGUGACGCUGUGUGAAGUGGAGGGGCUGGAGGGCGGCCCGCGGCUGGCGGCCAUGAAGAGCCUGCGCGUGGGCGCCGCCGAGGGCACCAAGAAGGACUUCCGGCAGGAGGCGCGCGUGCUGGCGCGCCUCCACGACCCCAACAUCGUGCGGCUGGUGGGCGUGGUAAGCCGCGCCGAGCCGCUGGGGCUGCUGCUGGAGUACAUGGCGCACGGCGACCUCUACCAGUUCCUGCGGCGCCACCGCUGCGGGCCGGAGGGCGCGGCGGACCUGCCGGAGCUGAGCUACGGCGCGUUGGUGUACGCGGCGCUACAGGUAGCGUCAGGCAUGACGCACCUGGAGACGCUGGGCGUGGUGCACCGCGACCUGGCGGCGCGGAACUGUCUGGUGGGCGAGGCGCUCACCAUCAAGAUCUCGGACUUCGGCAUGAGCCGGCCGCUCUACUCCAGCGACUACUACCGCCUGGGGGAGGGCCGCGCGCUGCUGCCCAUCAGGUGGAUGGCCUGGGAGUCGAUCCUGCACGGGCGGUUCUCCACCAAGAGUGACGUGUGGGCGUUCGGCGUCACCAUGUGGGAGAUCCUGACGCUGGCGCGCCGGCAGCCCUUCGCCGAGAUGAGCGACGAGCAGGUGCUGGAGAACGUGUCCCGCUGCUACCUGGACCAGGGCGUGCCCAUGGCCACCCUGGCGCCGCCGCCCCUGUGCCCGCGCGAAAUGCACGACAUGAUGGCUGCCUGCUGGAGGCCCGCCGCCAGGCAGCGCCCGCCCUUCUGGGAGCUGCUGCUCUUCCUGCGACGCAAGAACCUCGGCUACACCCUCGACUACGCCGGCUGAGACACACACACACACACACACACACACACCGCCUCGGCCGCCUCCCACACCACGCUCACAGCCUCAGAGCAGCAGUGAUCCAUCUGUGAUAUACUAUAAUAGUCAGGGGGGCGGGGCGGGGCGGGGCGAGGCUGCGUCCAGGCAACCAGCGGUGACGGUGCUCAAUGUUAACAAACAAACAAACGAACAAUAAACAAGGGAACAAGCAAACACACGGGAACACACAAACACACAGUGAACACGAGACGAUUCUAGUCAUUGUUUGCCAGAGUGAGAAAGAAAACAAAUAAACAAACAUGGGACAAAUAUCAGACAGUGACAAACGACAAAACCAAACAAACAAACCUCAAAAAAGUGGAUCAAAACAAACAGUGAAUCAAAACAAAACAAACAAAAACAAUCAACCCUGAACCAAUCAAAACAAAUAGAGGGAACAAGCGGUCUUGCUUUCUAGUUG